AAUAAAACUGUGUAGGCACCACAAUUAUAAAGCCCCACUUCAGCGCAUCCACGUCAUCAUCCUCAACCUCAACCUCUCCGAGCCAGCGAGCGAGAACCAGACUCAAGAAGAAAACGUGUUGUGUUAGUGUUACCCCUUUCUCUUUUUCUCUCUUUCUUGAAUUUGGCGCGUGCGUUUCGAUUCUUCUUCCGAAUCAGAGGGAUUCUGGAUUUCUUGUUGAAGAUGCGACGCUCUUCUGCAUCCAAAAAGUCGGGUCAAUCCAAUUCCACUCCCAACGCCGCCGAUCUCUUCCGCUCUGCUUCAAGUAAGGCAAGCUCGAAGGAAUCAGAACGAAUUGAUAGUCUAUUCUAUUCAUAUGCCAAUGGGUCUACCGGGUUGAUUGACCCAGAAGGAAUUGAAACACUUUGUGCUGAUAUGGAGGUGGAUCAUACAGAUGUGAGGGUUUUGAUGCUUGCAUGGAAAAUGAAAGCUGAGGAGCAAGGAUAUUUUACCUUGGAUGAGUGGAGGAGAGGCUUAAAAGCAUUAAGGGCCGAUACAGUAAGUAAAUUGAAGAAGGCACUUCCAGACCUAGAAAAAGAGGUCAGGAGGCCAUCGAACUUCACAGAUUUCUAUUCUUAUGCUUUCCAAUAUUGUUUAACAGAGGAGAAACAGAAAAGCAUUGAUAUAGAGAGCAUUUGUGAGUUACUUACUCUUGUUUUGGGUUCAACAUUUCCAGCCCAAGUCAACUUGUUUGUGGAAUAUUUGAAGGCUCAAAAUGAUUACAAGGUCAUAAACAUGGAUCAAUGGAUGGGAUUUUUCCGUUUUUGCAAUGAGAUAAGUUUUCCAACCCUUAAUGACUAUGAUCCUGAACUUGCCUGGCCCUUGAUCCUGGAUAAUUUCGUUGAAUGGCUGCGAGAAAAGCAAAAAUAGCCUGAUAAGUUGGCUGAUUCUCUGUAACUGCAACCAUUGAACCCCUUUUAAGAGAAACUGUCGGAUUCUGCAACUAAAUCAGAUAGAUAUGCCUUGUGGCUCCGUUUAUUGUACUUAACAAGUUGUUGUUUUUUUGUUGGCCCAGUUUCUUACUUUGGGCAUUUUAAACACAAACCAUUAUUACUUCUGUUUAAAUUUUCCAUUAUAUGGUAUAGGCGCAGUUGAGGCUAGAUACAAGUUUUACGUUGUGAUCACUGCCAAUGCCAACCACAUUUAUCAUACAUAAGAGCUUUUAUAGAACUGAAUUGAGUAUGAUCAGUUUCA